AUGACAAUCUGGAGUCUGUUGGGUAUCCCUCCACCCAACCCCUACCCCAAAGGAACCCGAGUCUGGUAUAAUAUGUGUAGCGGUGGCCUCAUGUUUGCAACCGUAGACUCCACUGGCAGGUUGCCAGACCUCGAUACUUCAGAGGCCGGUUGCGGUCUUUACAUAGCCCAAGCGUUCCUUGUCCUGCUCCACCACCAUGGUUGGAGCCGGAGGCCCAAGCAUCUGUUGAAAGGCCGGCCGAUCUUCACUAAGUUUUGGACAGAUACGACUACUUGGGACGUCUGGGACUAUGCUGCAGACUUGUCACCGAGACAGAGUGGAAGCAAUGAGGAGUUGGAGAAGAAACUCUUGGCACGAUUCCCACCGAUCUACGAAACAGCCGGGUCCGAUAUCCCCUACCUCGAUCAACCGUGCCAUAUAACCGACCGGCAGGGUCACAUUUUACUUUGGUACUUUCCUGAAAUGUUCUCAGAACAGCUUCGGACAUUUAUUUGGGAUCACACAGGUUCUUUGAGCCCCAAAAAGAGAAGUAAUGGGACUUGGCGGGAUCACCACCCCGAGAAUGAAGGGGUCACUGGGAUUGUAAAUUUAUCACCCAGCUGGUUUUCUCAAGGACAUGAAGGUCCCGAGGAUCCACUGCACACGUCAGCCGAUAUUCAGGAACCUGCCAAUUCAACCUACCUCCAGAAUGUCCUAUUGGCCAAUGCAAUUGUUGGCGCAAUCUAUGCCGUCAUACAACCCGAUCUUUUUGAGUCCGGUUUAGCCACCUUCAAGAAGCUUGCCAAUCAUGCCGAGGCAUUGGACGAUCCUAUCAAUAUUGCUCUUCGUGUUUGGGCCACUCCCUUCACCGGUCUUUCAGUCAUCCUGAACCGAGAGAUGAUUGAUCACCGAGAUCUAAAGGGGUAUAUGGAGUCUUUUGACUUGUUGCUCACCAUCGGAAACUACACAGGAGGCUGGUGUCACUUAAUCACUUCUCAUUAG